GCUGUUUCGUCUCGUUUUUUAGGUUUUUAGGUCUCCAGUGCUAAAAAAUAGCUCUCUGGAAGGUCAGGGUGGCCAGGGAUGCUGGUGGCGGUGGUGCACAGCUGCCGCCCCCACGUGGAGCGCUGCGCGCUGCGGCGGGCGGGAGCUGCUGCCCCGGGCCCCACUGCCGCUGCCGGGCGGGCCAGGGGGUUGCCUGGAGUCCAGGAGCUCGGCUGCGCGCCGGAGGGGUCCUUCGCCGGAGGGACCCCUGGGGUGCGCGGCCUCCGGCGGCAGGCCGCUGCUGCCGCGCCGCGCGCGGCACAGCGCCGCCGGCGAGCGGGGCAGCCGUGGCCACGCCUGCCAGGUUGUCACUCCUUGGCGUGCGGGCCGCGGGUUGCAGCGUCUGCCCGUGGUCCGAAGCCUGGCGCCUCAUCUCCGGGGCUUGUCGGCGGCGUCGGCGUCGUCUUCGCCGUCGUCGCCGUCGUUGUGGCCGCCAUCGCUGCCACCGUCGUCUUCGUCUCGGCCGCCGCCGUCCUCUUCGCCUCGGGAAGGCGGGGCAGGAAAGGGGCGCGGUAAUCAUCAUCCAUCGGAAACAAGCGCGAGG